AUGGACCCUAUCAAGUAUUUACUUGAGAAGUCCGUACUCAUCAGGAGGGUCGCUAGAUGGCAAGUACUACUAUUAGAAUACGACAUCGUCUAUGUUUCACAAAAUGCAAUCAAAGGUAGUGUUCUAGCCGACUACCUAGCAAGUGGACCGACUAGUGAAGAGUGUUCGAUGAAGGAUGAUUUCCCUGAUGAAGAAAUUUUGGCCUUGGGAAAUGAUGAAGAAAAACAAAAUAAAAAAGAAUCCUGGUCCAUGUUUUUCGACGAAGCCUCGAAUCUAAUGGGAUAUGGGAUAGGUGCCAUACUGAUGCCAUUCCAAGGAAAACAUAUUCUAGUGACAGUAAGAUUAGACUUUGAAUGCACUAAUAACAUGGCCGGAUAUGAAGAUUGCCUACUGGGCUUACAGGUUGCCCUUGACAAUAACAUCACCAAAAUAGAAGUCUACGGCGACUCAGCUUUGGUGAUACAUCAGUUAAGGGAUGAAAAGAGGGAUCAUAAGUGA